CCCCGGCGGUCCUCGCCGCCGCGGUAAAACAGAAAGGGAAAAAAGAGAACUGGCAGUCUGCAGGCUUCGCGGCGAGCCAAGUGCCGAGCGCUCAGAGCCCGCGGGGGCGGAGCGGCGAGAGAGAGAGAGAGAGGCCGCGGGAGAGCGGCGGCGGCGGCGGCGGGCGCGCUCCACACCCCCGGCCGGCCCAGCCAGCCUGCCAGCCAGCGAGUCCGGAGCCCCGGGCGUCCAUGGGGCGCCGCCUCCGCCCGGCCCGGAGCCCCCAGACCACGGUCCGCGGCGUUUGCCUGCCCUGAUCCGGUACUUGGGACUUAAGACAGAGAGGAUCGGGCGGCCGGGAGAGGUAUUGUGGAGCAGGAUGGCUGAACUCCUUCCUCUGGCUUUGUAUUUGAGCAAUAUGCGGAAAGCUGUGAAGAUCAGAGAGAGGACUCCAGAAGAUAUUUUUAGACCUACCAAUGGGAUCAUUUACCAUUUUAAAUCCAUGCACCGAUACACACUGGAAAUGUUCAGAACUUGCCAGUUUUGUCCACAAUUUCGGGAGAUCAUCCAAAAAGCCCUCAUUGACCGAAACAUCCAGGAAUCUCUUGAAAACCAGAAGAAGCUCAACUGGUGCCGAGAAGUCAGGAAGCUUGUGGCCCUGAAAACAAAUGGUGAUGGAAACUGCCUCAUGCAUGCUGCUUCUCAGUACAUGUGGGGUGUUCAGGACACAGACUUGGUCCUGAGGAAGGCACUCUUCAGCACGCUCAAGGAAACUGACACGCGCAACUUUGAAUUCCGCUGGCAGCUGGAGUCUCUUAAAUCUCAGGAAUUUGUGGAAACAGGGCUUUGCUAUGACACCCGGAACUGGACUGAUGAGUGGGACAACCUUAUCAAGAUGGCAUCCACAGACACCUCAGGAGCCCGAAGCAGCCUUCAGUAUCAUUCACUGGAAGAAAUACACAUAUUUGUCCUUUGCAACAUCCUCAGAAGGCCGAUCAUUGUCAUUUCAGACAAAAUGCUGAGAAGUUUGGAAUCGGGUUCUAAUUUCGCUCCUUUGAAGGUGGGCGGAAUUUACCUGCCUCUCCACUGGCCUGCCCAGGAAUGCUACAGAUACCCCAUCGUUCUCGGCUACGACAGCCAACACUUUGUACCCCUGGUGACCCUGAAGGACAGUGGGCCUGAAAUCCGAGCUGUCCCGCUUGUGAACAGAGAGCGAGGAAGAUUUGAAGACUUAAAAGUUCACUUUUUGACAGAUCCUGAAAAUGAGAUGAAGGAGAAGCUUUUGAAAGAAUACUUGAUGGUGAUAGAAAUCCCAGUCCAAGGCUGGGACCAUGGCACCACCCAUUUGAUCAAUGCUGCAAAGUUGGAUGAAGCUAACUUACCAAAAGAAAUAAACCUGGUAGAUGAUUACUUUGAACUUGUCCAGCAUGAGUACAAGAAGUGGCAGGAGACCAAGGAGCAGGGCCGGAGAGAGCAGCACGCCCAGAGUCCUUUGGAGCCCUCCGUUCCCCAGCUUUCUCUCAUGGACGUCAAGUGUGAAACACCCAACUGCCCUUUCUUCAUGUCUGUGAAUACCCAGCCUUUGUGCCAUGAAUGCGCAGAGAGGCGGCAAAAGAACCAGAACAAAUCCUCAAAGCCCGCCUCCAAGCCGGGCCCUGACGUGAUGCUUGGGGCCUCCAGGGGCGAGGCCUAUGAGCCCAUGGCCUGGAGCCCCGAGGAGGCCGCUGGGGGGCCUCAUUCGGCCCCGCCAACAGCACCCAGCCUUUUCCUGUUCAGCGAGACCACCGCUAUGAAGUGCAGGAGCCCUGGCUGCCCGUUCACACUGAACGUGCACCACAACGGAUUCUGUGAGCGUUGCCACAAUGUCCGGCAACUUCAUACGGGCCAUGUCUCGGACCACGGGAGGCAUUUAGAUCCUAGUAAGUGCCGAGCCUGCCUCCAGGAUGUCACCAGGACAUUUAAUGGGAUCUGCAGUACUUGCUUCAAAAGGACUACGACGGAGCCCUCCUCGAACCUCAGCUCCAGCAUCCCUCCUUCCUGUCACCAGAGGUCCAAGUCGGACCCGUCGCAGCUCAUGCAGAGUCCCUCUCCGCAUUCUUGCCACCGAGCUGGGAACGAGGUCCCCUCGGGCUGCCUCUCUCAGGCCGCACGGACUCCAGGGGACAGGACGGGGACAAGCAAGUGCAGAAAAGCUGGCUGCAUAUAUUUUGGGACUCCCGAAAACCAAGGCUUUUGCACACUGUGUUUCUUCGAGUACAGAGAAAAUAAACAUUUUGUCGCUGCCUCAGGGAAAGCCAGUCCCACAGCCUCCAGGUUCCAGAAUGCAGUCCCCUGCCUAGGGAGGGAGUGUGGCACCCUGGGAAGCACCGUGUUUGAAGGAUACUGUCAGAAAUGUUUCAUUGAAGCUCAAAAUCAGAGGUUUCACGAAGCAAAAAGGACUGAGGAGCAACUGAGAAUGAGCCAGCGCAGAGACGUGCCUCGAACCACACAGAGCGCCUCCAGGCCCAAGUGUGCCCGGGCCUCCUGCAAGAACAUUCUGGCCUGCCGCAGUGAGGAGCUCUGCAUGGAGUGCCAGCACCUGGGCCAGCGCGCAGGCGCCGGGGCCCACCGGGGCGAGCCGGGUCCCGAAGAGCUCCCCAAGCAGCGCUGCCGGGCCCCUGCCUGCGAUCACUUUGGCAACGCCAAGUGCAACGGCUACUGCAAUGAGUGCUUUCAGUUCAAGCAGAUGUAUGGCUAACCGGAGACAGGUGAGCCUGCCCCGGCCGUUAGCCAACAUGGUGCUAUACGCAAAACGUUCUGAUGCCACUGGAGGGUCAGUCCCAGCAACAGUAGGCUGGAGGGUGUCUUUGAGCAGGAGAGGAAAGAUAAGCUCUGGGUCACGGCCUUGAACUUGGUAACCAGGGGACAUUCCCAGGUGGCCUUCGAGCAGCCUCGUGACUGGCAGCAGAUGGUGUCAGACUCAGCCCUGCCCUGGCUGCUCCUCCAAGUGGAAGGCCAGGAACUGGAUGGACUUGGACUGCGUGCCAGGACUGCGUCGUCAUCUUCUGAGAAGAGGGAAAAGACACAUGGAGCCUCUCCACCUGCCCCCCACUGGCAUUGCUCAGAGACAGAAAACUGAAAUCUCGUGGCCCACAGGCCCUCGCGAGAAACUCAGGAGGCUCAGGGAAAACAGACAUUUUCAGUGUCAGUAGUUAGUGGUUUUUCCCUAUCUGACUUGUUCCUUUUCCAUGGACUGUGAUUCUGAGGCUGCUGAGACAGUAAGUUCAUAACAAACCAGCUGCUCUUUAAAAUAUGCACCUUGUAAAAAUUUUAGUGGGAAGAUGGGUAACUCUUUUGGUUAUCACCGUCUUCACUUCUAAAGAGGUUAGCUUCAACUGAGGUGUGCAUAUAAAUGUGUACAUAUAUAAUGUACCCUUAUGUAUAAGGGAUUUUUUUUUUUAAUGUUGAAAUGCUGCCCUAGAUGUAUAAGAAGACAAAUAUCAAUAGCCUGUUUUCUGGUUGUUGUUAGGGCACCAUGGGUAUACACGGCUUUCACGAAGUCAGCCUGCUGCUUUGUUAAUGGCCUGUGUGUAUUCACUUUAUUUAUUUUAUUACAAACUUAAAGUUUAUUUAAAUGAAGUUUUUUUUUUUUUUUUUCUGCUUUGUGAAGAACACUGUAGUGUCUUCUUGAGAUACUGUUUUUGCUUUGGGUCAUGUUGUGGAGCCAGGCAAGUUUCUGACUGCAGCGGGGAGUCGGCUUCUCUGAUGCACUUUUGUUGCCUUUCCUAGAAGAGAAGGAAUUGCGUCAGUAGUAAGUGUGUUAAAAUCUCAUGGCUGCUUCUUAAUGAAACUUUGGCCAAAGCUCCUCCCCAGGCACAAUAUGUAAUUGCCUCUGAGUAUCCUACCUCCUUAGAGCUGAGAUUGGCAAGCAGCAGGAGUGAGAUUGGAGAAGGUAAAGAUGGGACCUUUGAUGAUGGUUUUAUUUGCUGUGUUCAUGCUGUGUCCCUGGGUGAUGGGCAGUGACCUCGUGUCCAGUGCAACCUUAGCAUUGGGACAGCAAAACCCUAUGACCAUAAGGAUGAGGAAAUUUCUUUCUAUCCUUGGCCUGCAGUUUCUUUUUGUGUUACUGUCAUACUUGUUCUGGGAAGAAGAAAAAAGAAAAAAAAAAUGGAAGGGAAACACCAGAGGAAAAGGCAGCCAUUUUUUUCUUUUUUGGUCUGGACCUAAGACCAGAACGUAUUGGCAACCUGUAAUUCUCCAUGGCCUUUACUUGACAUGGUUUCUACUUCGGGUGUUUUCUUUUCCUUGACAUAAAUCUUUAUAAUUUUUUUCUAAAGAUUGUAAACAGACUUCAGUGUUUUUAUCUUAUUCUUUUAAAGUUGGUAUUGUAAUAGUUUGUGUGUAUCAAUAUUCUCAUUUUUAAUGUGAAAAAAUGGAAUUAUUUAUACUUAUUAUAGAAAACAUUUGAAAUUUGCACAUUUAGUUGUCCCUAGUAGACGUCUGUUUACUCUAUAGGAUUUCUUCAAGUUUUCCUAAAUAAUUGUAACUUUUCACAAAAACCAAUAUUAAAAAAUAAAUUAUUUAAGAACAAAU